CGUUUUCUUCUCUGAUUGGAUCAGCGUGCUGUCAGUCAAUCUAAGGAACCGUCCCCUAUAAUGGCAGCAGGGUUGUAUCUACUGUAAACACUCGAUGAGGAAGAGCAUCUUUCUGCAUAAUGUUGACUUUAUGAACCAUCCACACUAACAUAUUCAGCCCACCAUGAGUACAGUGGGAGAAAACCAGCUGCAGAGAAUAAUCAGAGAUCUGCAUGAUGCAGUUUCUGAGUUGAGCAAAGAACAUUGUGAUACUGGAGAGCCCAUCACCGAUGACAGUUCCAGUCUUCACAAGUUCUGCUAUAAACUGGAGUACCUACUGCAAUUUGACCAGAAAGAGAGGACCACAUUUCUGGGCAGCAGGAAAGACUACUGGGACUAUUUCUGUGACUGCUUGUCCAAGAUUAAAGGAGCUAAUGACGGCAUUCGCUUUGUCAAAUCAAUCCCCGAGCUGAAGACGUCAUUGGGGAAAGGACGGGCUUUCAUCCGCUACUGUCUGGUGCACCAAAGGCUGGCAGACACUCUUCAGCAAUGUCUUAUGAACUACAAAAUCACAUGUGAGUGGUAUUAUGAACGCAGUCCCUUCCUGAAGUCCCAUCUGAACAUCGAUAUCAUCAACCACCUGUAUGAACUCAAUGAGGUCCAGUUUGAUGUAGCAUCCCGAGGUCAUGACCUUGACUCUGACUGGCCUGCUUUUGCUAGAAAGACUUUGGGAUCAGCUCUCUCAUCUGCCCAUGUGUGGAAACCACCCAGUCGCUGCUCUAGCGUCAACAGUCUGGUCAGCAGUUACUCACAGCAAGCUCAGGAGUUUCUUCCAGGCCAAGAAUUUGGCUCCAGUCUACUAGGUGAUCUGGGUGAGUUGGGCGAGCUGGGCGAGCUGUCUUGUAGCCCUUCUGAGGACCUGCGCAUUGAGCUUGACCAAUCAGAGUUGAGACAACAAGAGCUCCAGGAGAAGGUCCAGCAGCUCACCAGUGAGGCAGGUGAUCUUAGAGCCGUGCUCAGUGACCUACAGGAACAACUCUUGGCUAAAGGACCUAAUCAAGAGAAAGAAGGAGAGCAGUCCUCAGGGGAGCUGGAGUCUCUGCAGACAUCAGAACGCAAGCUAGAAGCCAAGCUGAGCAUUGCGGAGAACAGAAACAUGGAGUUGCUGUCAAAGCUUGACGGAGCUCUGAGCGAAAAAGGACAGCAGGCCGCCAACUACUGUGACUCUGCCUGGACGAUCCAAGAGCUCCUGACCAAGCUAAAGGAAGCUGAAGAAGAGAGGAUUGAGUCUAAACGAGAGAGCGAAGACCGAGCUAGACUAGCUGAGCGACUUGCCCAGGAUCUGACGCUUCAGGAGGAGAAAGUAAAGGAGAUGGAAGGAAAACUGGACACAUGUAGAGUCUCCGCCGACAAAGAACGAACAACUGCAAAGCAACAGACUGAUGAGCUGCAGGUGACCAUUAACCGCCUUCAGGGAGCACUAUCACUGAAGGAGCGGGAAACUGGGAACUUCCAGACACAGCUUCAGGACGUGCAAAGGGCAUUGGAGGCCCAGGAGAGUCAACUGGAGGAGCACAAGAAAAGGAUGCAAGAUGAGUUGCAACAUAAAAGUGUGCUUGAAGAAAAACUAAAUACAAAGAUGAAUGAGUUAGCCACCAGUACCCAGAAGAUUCGGCAACUGGAGAAUCAUAACCAGCGGUUGACUGCAGAGAGUCAGAGCUUUCAAGGGCAAGCCAAGAAACUGGAAGAGUACAAGACCCAGUGCACAAGUUUAAUGGAGAUCAAUGCCAAGCUGAUCCAGACUGUGAAAAGAAACGAGGACAGCAGCAAAGAGCUGGCACAAACCAAGACCGCUCUAGAGAGAGAUCUGAUCACUGCACAGGCCUACGAGAGGCAACCUGUGAGCAGACUGGAGUCAACUGGACUGACUGUAGAGAACCGAAAUCUGGAGAAGUGCAUACAGAACGGCCAGAUAAACAGUGAGGAAACUGAAAUUGAACAACUUGGGGAGAAGAGUAUAUCAAGGCUGGAAGAAUUAGACGACAGUGCCGCAGUCCCACAGGAGAACAAGAGAACAUCUUCUAGACAACUACUGGAGGCCAUUGAAUCCUCAAGAACUGAAAAUGGAAAAUCCACUUCCAGGUUGGCUCUGGCUGAGGCCCAACUUGAACUCAACAUGAAGGAGGUUUCCAGACUUCAGGAGGAGGUCAUGGAGCUCCGGGCACAGCUAUUGGUAAGCUCAGAGGAGAGGAUGAAGAUCCAGGCUCUGCAGGAAGUGACAGAAGCCUCCAGAGAAGACCUCCGUGCUCAGACGGAGCAACUUAAGUCCCAGGUGGAAGAGCUAAACCGUAGGCAUGUGGAUGAACUGCUACGCUGCCAUGAAAGAGAGGACGCUCUGGUAAAAGAGAGGGACAUGGAGGCCAAGGUACAGUCAGAAAUCCAAACGAGCAUUACUGCCAUGAGGGAGGAGCUUAAUUUGUUGAAAAAGCAGAACAGCACACUUGUAUUUGAAAAUGGAGAGGCUUGUGAGGCCUUACAUAGGGCUAACACUGAGACAGCAGAGCUCGGGGUUCACGUUUGCAUGCUGACGGGCCAGAAUGAGGAGGCUAAGUUGCGAUGGGAAGAGCUUUCUACCAAACUGCAGGAGCUACAGAUGGAGGCACAAGAGGAGGUGGAAACUCUCAGUGAUUCGAUGAAGGCCAUGAGUAACGAUAAUGCAAGACUCCAAGAGCAGCUAAAGCAGACAGAGGGACUCCCAGAAGCCAUGCAGAAAUUGCAGGAGAGACUUGAACAGGUAGAGGAAGAGGCCAAAAGCCUCCAAGAGAUCCGGCAGAGGGAAGGGGACACACUGAGGUCUCAGUUGAGCGAUGAGGCAGAGCACCACCAAAGUCAAGUACAGGGUCUGAAUGAGGAACUGGAUGCACUAAGGAGGAGGUUGGAAAACGAAGUUGAGAAAGUCUCAAGUCUUGAGUCCAAAGUGUUGGAGCUUGAGUCUGUCAACAGUCAGAUGAUCGAAAAGAAAAAUGCCCUCGUUGAUGAUUCUGAAACUAUAAUUCAUCAGAAAGAGGAACAGAUAAAAAACCUCAGACUGGACUUAUCAAGAGCUGAGAAGGAACUGGCACUUGCUCAGCAGUCCUGUCAUGAACUGGGUGUGAACUUAAGCAGAAGUGCAAUGGAGAAGCAAGACAUUGAACUGAAGAUGUCUGCUGAGAUAGAUGACCUUUAUCGUACCAAAAAGAACCUGGGGGAGAGACUUAUUGAGCUCCUAAGGGAGAAAGAUGCUUUAUGGCAGAAGUCAGAUGCACUGGAGUUUGAACAGAAACUGAGAGCUGAGGAACAGACAGACAGAGACGUCACAUACUGCCUGAGCUGCCGCAAUAACUUCGGCUGGAUGCUGCACAGACACAACUGCAGGCUAUGUGGGCGCCCAUUCUGUUACUACUGCUGCAAUUAUGCUGUGAGUGUCCAAGGUGGUGGUAAGGAGCGCUGUUGUAAGGACUGCUUCACUCAGCACAGUGCUGGACAAGAGCGCCACCCAAAGGAAAAUUUGGGCAGUCUUUUACGCUCAAUGUCAAGCCCAACCCGAACCAGCACACCUAGAGUCCCUGGGGUACUGAAGUCCCCUCGGCCAGAUGACGCAGCGUAUGACAUCAUCACAGAAGAGGAGGCGAACUGUAUCCAUGACAGCGACUCAUACUACACUGCACUGUCACCAGAGACACAACAGCUAAGCAGCAGUGACAUCGCCAGCACAGAAGAUUCAGACGAGCUGAUUGGCUCGGUUCAGGAUGCUGAGAUCUGCCUGCUGAAAUCUGGAGAGAUGACGCUGUCUGUGCCGUUCAGUGUAAAGGACGUGAAUCAGUUUGGCGAUAUGUCCAGAGAACUCUUCAUCAAGUCCAGCUGUUACAGUGUUAUUCUCAUAACCGCUGCACAUCCGGGUCCUACGAUCAGCUGGGUCUUCUCCUCUGAACCCAAGAGCAUCGCCUUCAGCGUGGUGUACAGAGAGAACACAGAUACACCUCUAGAAGAGGCCAAGGUUCUGAUCCCUCUGACAAGAUGUAAAUCUCAUAAGGAAACAAUUCAGGGUCAGUUGAAGGUCAGGAACACUGGAGAAUACACCCUUAUCUUCGACAACUCCUUCUCCAGGUUCGUCUCAAAGAAGGUCCUGUACAAACUGAGUAUAGAGAAGCCAGAGGAAGCCAAUGGAAGUGAUUGUUCUUCAUAAGACAACAAAACACGCACACUAUUCUGUCUGUGCCAGGUCAAGGGACUGCUUGUCGAGGAUUAUGUCCAUUCAUCAAGCCAAACAUGGUGCAUGAUGCUGCUUUCACAAUCACAUGAAGGAAAUAAGAAAAUAGACUUCACAUGGAAAUGAAGGACAUUUUAGGAUUUUAUUUAUUAUAUUAUUUCCCCCCCUUAAAUUCUUGUCCUAUUAAUAAUGGAAAAAUCUAUUUUCUAAAAAUCUAAUUCAAAAACCACAUCCCUCUUAUGAUUGAUUUUAACAUAUUUUUGGGGAAACUCUAAUAGCCAGAAUGGCACAAUAUCUCUGACAUAGUUAUCAAUAAAUCUAAAGGGAAUGGAUGGCAAAAAAAAAAAAAAAAAAAAUCUGAAAUGCAGUGAAAUAUAGAAAUAUAGCUGUGUGGUCAGUAGUAAAAUAGAUGAAGGUUGAAGGAUAGGAGAUUAUGCACUACAGAAGAGCUUUAUUAUUGUUUUGUCAUUAAAUUAGUAAAUGUAGAUAUGCUGAAAAUGCUUCUACGACAUCAGGUUUCUCACAUACGCCUGUCUUUUUAACAUUCUGUGUUAACUCUUUACAAUGAGUUUUCAUUUAUGAACAAUAAUUAAAUGCAUUAACUGAUUUUUACAGCAGUAUUACCCUUUGUUAAUGUCAGUUAAUAAAAAUGUUAAUGUUCAUCUUAGUUCACAGUGCAUUAACUAAUGCUAAAAACUUUUGAUUUUAAAAAUGUAGUUGUAAAUGUUUAGAUUAACAUUAACUAAGAAUAAUAAAUGCUGUAGAAGUACUGGCC